UUUGGAUUUCGCUGGAAGACUAGAAGGUGUGCGCGUGUGAGAGGGGGAGAGAGUUUAUCUCGCGGUUCCCAGACUUUGCGGACGUUCCUCAAUUUUCUAGGGUUUCGGAGUGAAGAGAGAGGGAGAGAGAGAGGUGCAGGUUCGAGUCUUCUUGGAGGUAUCGGAUCUAAAGAGGGGAAUCAAAGCUCUGGUUUUAGCUCUGCUUCGAAAUAGAUACCGAUCUCGGACUCAUUAUAUCCAACAAUAAUCGGUUUCUCUGGAAGCUCGAAUUUUGGAGGAGGGAACAUUCUUCCGUUGUUUUCUUCCCUCCCUUCAACCCUUGGGAUUAAUUUUGCGGGUGAUAGGCCUUAAUAAACAAAGUUGGUGUAGUUUGUCCGCAGAGGAUUUAUAAUCUUGAUUUAGGGAUCUGGCAGGGAAAUAACAAUGGAGCGGUCUAUGUUGGAAUUUAUCAUGGACGCCCAGAGUGGCAGAGGCGAAUCGAUCUUUGCAUCGAUGAAAUUUGCUGUUCUACCAAUUGCAAAGGUCUUCACCAUGUGUUUUAUGGGAUUUCUAAUGGCCUCCAAGUAUGUCAACAUUCUUCCUGCAAAUGGCCGGAAGCUUCUUAAUGGGCUAGUUUUUUCUCUUCUUCUUCCUUGCUUGAUAUUCUCUCAACUUGGACGAGCAAUCACUUUGCAAAAAUUGGUAGAGUGGUGGUUUAUCCCUGUUAAUAUCAUUUUGGCAACAAUAUCAGGGUCGCUAGUAGGUCUAGUUGUUGCGUCGAUUGUUCGACCCCCAUACCCAUACUUCAAGUUCACUAUUAUACAUAUUGGUAUUGGGAACAUUGGAAAUAUACCUCUUGUUCUGAUUGCAGCUCUGUGUCGAGACAAAUCCAACCCUUUUGGUGACUCCAGCAAGUGUAGCCAAGAUGGAAAUGCUUACAUCUCUUUUGGUCAGUGGGUUGGCGCAAUCAUUCUGUACACAUAUGUGUUUCAGAUGCUUGCACCACCACCUGGUGAAACCUUUGAUGGCAUUGAAGAGGAGAAGCUUCCAACUAAGAACCCUGUGAACAAUGCUGCACCUGAACAAGUGUCUUUGCUAACUUCUGAAGAGCCUGGAACAAUAGGGCUGGAAUCUUCAAAACGAGGAAAACUAAUCAACCUGUUAUGGUAUUUUGUUGAAAGAUUGAAGUUAAAGCAAAUUUUUCAGCCCCCAAUUAUUGCUUCUAUACUGGCAAUCAGCAUUGGUACAGUACCAUUUUUAAAGCACUUCAUCCUCAUGGAUGAUGCUCCGCUCUUCUUCUUCACUGACAGCUGUCUCAUUCUUGGGGAAGCGAUGAUUCCUUGCAUUUUGCUUGCUUUGGGUGGUAAUCUUGUUGAUGGUCCAGGUGCAGGGAGUAAAAAGCUUGGAUUUCGAACAAUGGUUGCCAUCAUAUUUGGGCGGUUGGUCUUUGUUCCUCUGGCAGGGCUUGGCAUUGUCACUAUGGCUGACAAGCUUGGAUUCAUCCCUAAGGGUGACAAGAUGUUCAAAUUUGUUCUUCUACUGCAGCAUUCAAUGCCUACUUCUGUGCUAUCUGGUGCGGUGGCUAAUUUACGAGGCUGCGGAAAGGAAGCAGCUGCUGUUCUAUUUUGGGUUCAUAUUUUUGCUAUUUUCUCCAUGGCUGGAUGGAUUGUUCUUUAUCUAGGCAUACUUUUCUAAAGGCCUAGUCCGUCAUCGCCACGGCACAGCUCAAAUCCUUUCCUUUUCUCCAAUCAUUCCAUUCCAUCAUCGCCAUUGGGAAAGUGGAUGCGAUCACAAGGUCUGGUGAUUAUUUAAUAGGUGAUAUCAUUUUGCUACAACAAUUGCAAUGUUGUAUCAGGUGAGUGAUGGCAAAUAAUAGAGGUAGAGAAGUCGGUUGAUGGCUUUCUGGUUGAGUCCCAUGAAGAGGCGCCUUGUCCAUUGAAGGACAGUUCAGAUGGAGGCCAUGCUGAUCUCGCUGUCAGAGGAACUGAAGUUCAUGGCUGCGAAAGGAGAAAGAGGCCACAGGUUUGAGUUAGAACAGCUGUGCAAUGGAAGUGUAUGGAAGUGUCUCUGUCAACAUUUGGCUUCAAUCAUGCAAUGAGAAACAAAGUUAUUUGGACAAUAUAUUUUGUGUUUGGAAAUAUUAUGUUAUUUAACUUUUAUUAUGUUUUAAUGAUGCCGCCUUGUGGUCCUUCUCGUCCA